AUGGAGGCAAAGCCUUCCCAAUGGCAUCCUGAGUAUGCACGCUGGAUGUUGGAGGCAACUCCAGAAAAGCCAUACCCAUACACCAUGUGGGCCCUAGCACGCAUUUGCGAACAGGACAUCAGAGCGCGACGUAUUGAGGCUACCAGUCGUCUGCAUGCAAAUGAGUACUUGCUCUCGUUAGCUGCAUUUCCAGCACUUGGAUCGCCGGAUUUUCUUUGGAAUAACGGAAGCGGAAACUGCCCUGUCAAUGGCCCGAUAGCCAAUUCAGCCUUCUUGCCAGAUGCAUCUAUUUCUGUGCAUCCGCGCUUUUCAACCCUGACACGGAAUAUCAUGGAAAGACGCGGGGGCAUUCUGGUUGAUAUCCCGCUCCCUGUGUUUAGAGACACUAAAACUCCGUGGCCUUUUCAUCAAAACAUUGAAAAAAAUGGCACAGAGACAGAGGGAAUGAUCCACCUCGAUGCAAUGGGAUUCGGCAUGGGGCUCUGCUGUCUUCAGUCGACACUCCAGUGCCCCUCGUUACAGAAGGCAAUGUUUCUUUAUGAUAGACUCGCAAUAAUAGCACCAAUCAUGAUCGCAUUGACAGCAUCCACCCCAGCCAUAGCUUCUUAUUUGCUGGACAUUGACGCACGAUGGGAUAUCAUUUCAAACUCUGUCGAUGACAGGACGCCCGAAGAACGUCAGAGUCAGAAGAGCCGAUACGCCUCAAUCAGCACCUUCCUUUCUACUCCAAGCUCUCAUCUCAACGAUUUGCCACUUCCCAUCAAUCUCCGCAUGUAUGAUACAUUGCUUCGAGCAGGGAAUAUGGAGACCGCUCUUGCACGCCAUUUUGGCUUUCUUUUUGUGAGAGAUCCAUUGGUGCUUUAUCCUGGCGAUAACGAUGAGAGGCUUUUCGAGUCGAUUCAGUCGACCAACUGGAACACCGUCCGCCUGAAACUGCCUUCGGCUUCUCUAGACAUUCCCACAUGGCGUGUAGAGUUCAGGCCAAUGGAGGCCCAGCUUACCGAUUUUGAGUCCGCCGCGUUCCUUAUUCUGAUCCAACUAGUUUCUCGUGCCAUUAUUAUGGGCGAAAAUCCACUCAUAGAACUGAUUCCGAUUUCACUUCUCGAUCAGAAUAUCGCGUGCGCCCAGAAAAGAGACGCUGUGCGCCUGGAGAGCUUCUACUGGAAGCGACCAGGCGGCACCAUCGAACAACUUACCAUUGAUGAGAUCAUCAAUGGCCCAGAUGGGCUAUUGAGGAUCGCUAGGGCAGAGCUUUCCCGUUUAGAGAAAGCUGAGGCUGAUCACAAUUGUAGCCUGCAAAAUGGCCCCUCUGGUAGUGGCAUUCUCGGCCACAGUUCUAUUAAGCGUGAAAUUGGUGACCAUGAGCCCACCGGAUAUGACCGCAAUGCCAUCGAACGAUAUCUGACCUUCAUUGGUGAAAGGGCUGCAGGGCGUAUUCCGACACCUGCACGCGCUAUCCGGGAGUUCAUUAUGGGCCAUCGCUCCUAUGCCAAGGAUUCUGUCGUGCCCAAAGAGGCUAUCUAUGAUCUUAUGCAGAAGUUGGUACUUCAUUCUGUACUUAACGUCCCCAUAAUUUAA